AUGAUCUUUGUCACGGUAGGGACCACAUCCUUUGAUGACUUGAUCAAAGAAGUGGACAGUGAAUCCUUUCAGAAGCAGGCGAAAGAGCUGGGCUACACCCGCUUGGUGGUCCAGUACGGCCGAGGAAGCCACAGGAUGUGUGACCGAGAGCCACCCAUCCUGGAGGUUGAGUCCUUUGAUUUGAAGCCUAGUCUUGAAGAUGAGAUGUCCAGUGCAUCCCUCGUGGUCUCUCACGCGGGUGCUGGCUCAAUCAUCGAAGCACUCAGACAGAACAGGCGGCUACUGGUUGUUGUGAACCCCUCACUCAUGGACAACCACCAGCUCGAGUUGGCAGAGGCAAUGUAUCGACGAGGCUUUUGUGCCAUGGCCGCCGAGCCACACCAACUGCCGGCGGCGCUCGCCGAGGCAGCCAAGAUGCAAAUGCAACCCUACCCUCCCGCAGACCUUCGACCCUGGCACAAGCUCUUGGAGGAGACUUGCGGUGUUGCUCCGACAGGGUGA